AUGUUUGUCGAACAAUGUGUUGAUUUCUCCUUUAUUGAUAAUUGUAGCUCUAUGGCCUCUAACCCCAUUAUCUCUCUUCUGUCCAAGGAGUUGUUAACCGGCGAGAACUUCAUGAAAUGGAAGUCUAAUAUCAACAUAGUGUUGAUCGGCGACAACUCAAAAUUCGUGAUGACUGAAACUGAACCUGACUUUCCUGGAGAGAACGCCUCGAAGGCAGUGAGGGAGAAGUAUGAUCGUUGGACUGCUACCAACAACAAGGCCAAGGCCUACAUGCUUGCCAGCAAGUCACAAAUGCUAAGGACUAAGAUGGAAGAUAUCAGAACUGCUUACGACAUCAUGGAGCAACUCCAAGAAAUGUUUGGGCACAAGUCAGCGCAAGCUAGUUUCGAGGCUACCAAGAAGUAUGUGAACUGUAGGAUGGCACCUGGCCAACAUGUUCGUGAUCAUUUUAUUAAGAUGACGAACUACUUCCAAGAAGCUGAGUUACAUGGAGCAACAGUAGAUGAGAAGACUUAA